AUGGAGGCCAAAGCAUGUGGACAAGCCAUUUCCACAUCGGCUUUGCAACUUGGACUCUCCUGCGUGGAAGAGGAGGCAAACAACCAGCCCUACCAACGCGCAUUCAGGCUCUUGGAUGGUUCUACACUCCGUUUCGAUACGAAAACGCGGUGGUUGUCGACUCAAGCCGAUUCUCCGAGCCGCAGUGCCGCAAGAAGAGAGAAGACAUUUAAAGGUUGA